UCAACAUUGCAAAAGUCAGCCAACGCUUACUAUCACUCUGCACACACGUGUCAGCGCUACAGGACUUACUUCCGGUUCAACAUGGCGGCAUCCAUGGCAUGUCAGGCGGCUGUGAGAGGACUCCGAGCAGCAAGCACCAAACAACUGCUUGUGAGCCGAAACCAGUUAUCGAGGGUAAGUCCCAGAAGAUGGCUGAACCUGCAAGAGUACCAGAGCAAGAAGCUGAUGCAGGACAGCGGUGUGACCGUCCAGCGCUUUUUUGUUGCUGACACUGCCUCGGAAGCCCUUGAGGCUGCCAAGAGACUCAAAGCGAAGGAGAUUGUCCUGAAAGCUCAGAUUUUAGCAGGAGGAAGAGGCAAAGGAGUGUUCGACAGCGGCUUGAAAGGAGGGGUGCAUUUAACAAAAGAUCCUGCUGUUGUUGGAGAUUUGGCCGGUAAGAUGCUCGGCUUCAAUUUGACCACCAAACAGACCCCUAAGGAAGGAGUGAAAGUAAAAACGGUGAUGGUAGCCGAAGCUCUGGAUAUCUCCAGGGAAACAUAUUUCGCCAUCCUGAUGGACCGUUCCUGUAAUGGACCCGUGAUGGUGGGCAGCCCUCAGGGUGGUGUGGACAUAGAGGAAGUGGCUGCCACCACGCCAGAGCUCAUCUUCAAGGAAGUCAUAGAUAUUUUCGAGGGGGUCCGAGACGACCAGGCGCUACGUAUGGCAGCUAAUUUGGGAUUCAAAGGACCGUUGGAGAGACAGGCUGCAGAUCAGAUUAAGCGACUCUAUGAUCUGUUCCUCAAAGUCGACGCCACUCAAGUCGAAGUCAAUCCGCUCGGCGAAACACCUGAGGGACAAGUGGUGUGCUUUGAUGCUAAAAUCAACUUCGACGACAAUGCAGAGUUCAGACAGAAAGCUGUGUUCGCCAUGGACGAUACCGCAGAGAGCGACCCCUUAGAGACCGAAGCAGCCAAAUAUGAUCUCAAGUACAUCGGACUGGAUGGAAACAUAGCCUGUUUUGUUAAUGGUGCUGGCCUUGCUAUGGCAACAUGUGAUAUCAUCGACUUGCAUGGUGGAAAGCCUGCCAAUUUCCUGGACCUGGGUGGAGGUGUAAAGGAAAACCAGGUGUACGCGGCCUUCAAGCUUCUCACUGCCGAUCCCAAGGUAGAGGCCAUCUUGGUAAACAUCUUCGGAGGGAUUGUUAACUGUGCCAUCAUUGCUAACGGCAUCACCAAGGCUUGCAGAGAACUGGAGCUCAAGGUUCCCCUGGUGGUCAGGCUCGAAGGAACUAAUGUCCAGGAGGCGAAGCGUAUCCUGUCUGAGAGCGGGCUGCCCAUCACCUCUGCCACUGACCUUGAUGAUGCCGCCAAGAAAGCUGUUGCCGCCAUUGCCAAGAAAUAAAUGAAUAUAUGCAUACACGCCAUUAUCACACACAUACACCACUAGAGUUGUGGCCAGAAUCACCGUGACAUAUACAGAGCCUUACACACUUCAUUCACACACCUGCCUGCUGAACCGCAGCGACUUACAGAGUCAUUGGGCAUCUUGUCCAGUUUUUCUUGGGACAGUACUGUAUUUGAGACCCUCUUCACAGACCCCAACUUCUAAGAGUGUCCUAAAUACAAGGCAGUCUUGGGAAACGUGACUUUUCCCGGAGUUAAUAAUUUUGCUGUAAGCAGCCAUUUCUAAAGCUCAAUAAAUAACUAUUCAUUGCCUUACUUUAAGCCUUUGAUCUGAUCAGAAGUGUAGAUUUAUUUUUAUUUUUAAUUAAACUUUAAUCGCAUUCCAUAUUAAUCCCAAUAGUGAAUGUUCAUCGCCUUAUGUAAACCAUGAAAUAUCACAGUGUCAUAUGGUGGAAUAGCCUCGUUUUUAUAUGAUUGAACUGUGAAAUAAAUCUCAAAUCUGAUA